AUGAAAUCUUUUAUCGAAUAUUCGCCGGAUUCUGAUUUUCCAAUCGAAAAUUUACCUUUUGGAGUCUUCACAUCAGCUCAAAAUCAUGAAAAACACAUCGGAGUUGCUAUCGGAGAUUUGAUACUGGAUUUACAUGUGAUCGCACAUCUAUUCGAUGGACCUUUGUUAAAGAGCAAACAGAAUGUUUUCAAGGAACAAAAACUUAAUGAGUUUAUGGGCCUCACAAGACCUUACUGGGUAGAAGCACGAAACACAAUACAGAAACUGCUCGACGCGACAAACCCUACGCUCCAAAAUGACAGUGCUCUUAGGCAAAGGGCGUUUGUUAAACAAAGCGAGGCUCAAAUGCAUGUGCCAGCAGAGAUCGGCGACUACACAGAUUUCUAUUCAUCGCUGCAUCACGCCACCAAUGUCGGAAUCAUGUUUAGGGGAAAAGACAAUGCUCUCUUCCCCAACUGGAAGCACCUCCCAGUGGGCUACCACGGUCGCUCCAGUUCCAUCGUUGUCUCUGGUACACCUAUACACAGACCCUACGGACAGACACUGCCUGUUGAAGAUGCUGACCCCCACUUCGGGCCUUCCAGACUGAUGGACUUCGAGUUAGAAAUGGCAGCGUUCGUUGGAGGACCCCCCACCCAACUCGGUGAAAGAAUCACAGCGAAAGAGGCUGGUGACCGUAUCUUCGGGUUCGCGCUUAUGAAUGAUUGGAGCGCUAGAGACAUCCAGAAAUGGGAAUAUAUUCCUCUAGGACCUUUCACGGCUAAGAACUUGGGUACCACUAUUUCACCAUGGAUUGUGACCAUCGAAGCACUGAGACCGUACAUCGUAGAAAACUUCCCACAGGACCCAACACCGUUCUCCUAUCUGAGACAUGAUGACAAUUUCAACUUCGAUAUCAAGCUUGAAGUUGAUAUCAAAAGUGAAAAGUCUGCAGUCAGCACAACAGUAUGUAGGUCGAACUACCGCUACAUGUACUGGACGGCUAAGCAGCAGCUCGCUCAGCAGACCGUCACUGGAUGCAACAUUAGACCUGGAGAUGUUCUCGGUUCCGGUACCAUUAGUGGAGAAGCGUCAGACUCUUAUGGAAGUAUGUUAGAACUCGCUUGGAAAGGAACCAAACCUAUUCGUUUGCUAACAGGUGAAGAAAGAAAAUUCAUUCAAGAUGGCGACACAGUUACUCUACGUGGAUAUUGCGUUGACGAUAAUGGUGUCAGAAUCGGAUUUGGCAAAUGCGAAGGCAAACUGCUUCCCGCCAUACCUUUUGAAGAAUGA